AUGGGGGUGCAGCGAAGCGAGUUCGACUCGAACAGCUUCAUCGAUAAUGUCACUCGUCCCUCCGACUCAGCCAUCCAACGUAGUGGCGGCACCAACGCAAAUGCGACCUCCGUCGAUGAAGUCGAGACCAUCGACAUCACCAUCGAUGAGGAAGAUCACAAAAAAGUCUUUGGCUCUCAAUCCUCCGUUCCCCUCGAACCCACACCUCACAUUGCAUCGAUAGCGUCAGCCACAGCUCCUGCCUCCCCACCACCAGCGUACGAUGGCUCGUCUCACGCUCAUCCGCACUCUUCAGCCAUCACCUCGAAUGGGAUUGACACGGCACCCACUAUCCAUCUGCUGGUGCCAAAUGCCUUGCACGAUUCCGGCCUGCUCUUCAAUCCAGAGCUCUCUCUCAGCAGUGUCCGCUUAGAGCGCAACCAACCCACGGCUUCGCAUUCCUCCGCCGCAUCGGUCGCUACGGAUUCAGCAAGCUCCACGCAGACUUUGACAGCAGCCGUCGACUCUGCAGCGAUACCUCCUCUUGCGGAAAUCGAGGCAUGUAAGCCACAUCCGGACGCUUUCUUCGUCGCCGAAGCGCUCGAAUGGAGGGUCAUUCUAGACCAGUCUCAGCUCUAUCGCACACCGCCGCCUGCAUCCGCUGUACACGACGCCACAGACCUAUUCGAGGCUUGCAACCUCGUGCCUGGCUCCGUGUGCAUAUACCAAACCGAGCCCGUGACCGUCCCCACCGAAGACCAACAGCAUCCCGUUCAACUCCUCGAGCGGCGAACGCCAGUCGCUUCCAACAGCUCGGCCCCGGUGCUUCAGGACUUCAACUCGCAUCGGUGCUACCUCUCUGGCAAACACAUCCUUUCCAGUCCUCCCGAUAGUAUCGUCACUGUCAUCGAUCGAGAGGUCCUCGCACGCUUCAAGGAGAAUCGCGAAAACGAUCCCGCCGUCGGUCUCACGGGCCCCGAGACGUUUGUUCGUGCGCUUCGGAUCCUUCUUCGAGUGAUCGGGAACUACGUACAUGGCGAAAGGCGAGGCGCUCCGACUACCAGCCAAUCGCUUGGUCAAAAGCUGGGAUGGGAUCACCUCACCCGAAAGAUCUUUUCCGACCUCGGCUGGAAGGAGGACACCAUGCCCGACGGCCGAGAUGCCAUCACACCGCCAAAAACCGCAUCCUCCGAGCCCUUCAGUGCAUGCAUCGACCUUCGGCGCAACACACGCGCCUGGAUCGAAUUGAGCGUCUGGCUCGCCUUUCACGUCGAACAGUUGCAACGCAGCCGACCCGCGUCCUCGGUGCUCACCGCUCCCGAAAAGGAUCUCGUCACGCGCGUCCUUGUCAGCUCCGCCUCCGGGUCCAUUGUCGAAACGAUCGGCUCGCGGAAAGACCACAUCGAUGGAACCUACCGCAAGGAUCUCUCGAGAACCACUCUCGAAGCCCUCUUCACCUUGGGCGCCUCCAGCACGACGAACGACCAGCUGGUCAAAUUUGCCUAUCUCAUCAACAUGCAGGCCAGCAACGGUCGUCGAGCUCUCGAGCUGUUUGCAUGCCUCGAUGAGGUGUACACGUCCCAGCGUCGAACCUCGCGCAUUCUCGAGGAGCUCCUCACGUAUGAGCGCAGCCAAGGCAGGUAUUCGCCGCGCGACGUCGACAAAGCGUACGAAAAGCUGCAUCUUUCGGUCGCUCAUCUUGGCCACGAUAUCGAACGCGAAAGCAUCCCCAUCGAAGUGAUUGUCGACAACUACAAGGCGCGGGCGCGCGAGGUGCUCAUCAACAGCGACGCUUCGGAGCACGCGGCGGUCAAGGAUGCACUGAGAGUCAUCGCUCUGCAUCUGGGCAAAGCCGAAAGACUCAUGCUGGCGCUCGACGAGGAUGUCGAUAUGGAUAUCGAGCAGGCCUCCAAGAUGCUCGACGUCAACCCAGACAUGGACGACUCGACCGUUCUUGCCAUCUUUGACCUCUACGUAGCGGAUGCACCCGCUCGACGCGACGCCCUGCGGCAUGCUUUACGCGCUGUCGCCGAGCAUCGUAAAAGCGAGUAUCUGCGUCAUUUCCUUCGCACGGGAGAAAAAGAUGUGUCGGCAGCAGAGUCUUGGCAGCAAUUGCCAUCGAACGACCUACCCGCGGGAAUCGACAACAUUGGCAACACCUGCUACCUCAAUUCGGUACUGCAGUACUUUUUCUCGAUCACCGAAGUCCGCAACCGCGUCUUGCAGGCCGCAGCUACUCUGACCGAGCCAGCGGACACAUAUCAGAUCGACGAGGACCGCAGGGUAGGUGGCCAGCUCAUCACGGCUCGCGAAUGGCAACGCAGCAGGAGAUUCGUGGCACACCUCGGCGAGCUCUUUCAUCAUCUCAUUCACGACAAUGCCUUGUCGGUCCGUCCAGAGAGGGAGCUCGCUUAUCUCGCUCUCGUCUCGUCGCGCGCAGAGGAAUUGGAAGGCGAAUUCAGCUCCGUCGUCGACACGGCAGCAGCUACACCCAUUCCCUUGAGCCAGAGCGGCGAUCCAGUUGUGUCUGUCGUCUCUUUUGACCCUGCGCCAUUCGAGACCGGGACUCAACCUGCUCCAUUCGAUUCGACAAUAUCUUCGAUCGGCGAAUCGAUGGACACGACUGCAGACGGCACUAGUCAAGCCGAGUCUGUUCCGGCUCUCGCCUCGGCACCGAACGGUCCACCCCCCUUGCCCCCCCGUCCGACGGCUCGCAGACCGACCCUUACUGAAAGUACGCCCGCAACGCUGCCGCCGCCUGCGAGACGCAACUCGCUCAUGCAGUUGGGCGCACAGCAGGAUGUCUCGGAGUGCUUGGACAAUUGCAUGUUUCAGCUCGAGGUUGCUUUGGCUGUCACUAAAGGGGCUGAUGGGCCCGACCUUAAGCCAAAGCCAUCUGCCGAGCACGACAUGGACGUCGAUGGCGGCGAAGAGUCCAAGCUCUCGAGCAUCGUCGUCAAUGGCACUCCUCACGAGGAUCUGCUCACCGGUCUCUUCUUGGGCAAGACGUGUCAACGCAUCGAAGCAGACACCAUCGCUCCUACGAAUGUCGGCGACCAGUCAAACAGCAGCGGCUCGCAAGGUGCACCGUCUCGACCAAGUCAACCUCAGAAGCAAACGAGCACGCACAUCAAGCAUGAAGUUUUCAAGAUCCUUCCAAUCGACGUCCUGGAGGAGGGCCGCGACAUCUACGACGGCCUUGACGGCUUUUUCGACUCGGACACAUUUGUUGCCACUUCGGGUGCCGUGCAGCGUCGGUCGGUGACACUGCUCUCUGCACCGCCGCUAUUGCAAGUUCAGCUGCAGCGUGUGCAAUACGACCGUGCCACCAUGCGGGCCUUCAAGUCGCAAGCCCAUCUCGAACUGCCCGAGGCAGUCUAUAUGGACCGCUACAUGGACCUCAAUGCGGACGACGGUGACGGCGCCGUGCGAAUCGCGAAGAGGCUGGACUACCAAGCCAAAAGGAAGCAGAUCCAGGAGCUGCGAAGCAAAGUGGCUGCUUGCAAGGACGGCGCCACUUUCCAUCUGACACAGACGCUCAGCCAGGCUGCGAACGCGGUGGAGGAGCUUGCAAGGUUGCCUCCUCUGGCUGAUGUGGCGGCUCAGCUCGACGAGAUUCGCGCUGAAAGUAGCGGUCCAGCCGACACGGCUGACCCGGUAUCUUUGUCCCCUCGAUCUCAGGCCAAGCAGGCUGCCACGCAGAUUCAGGAGGCGAAUCAUGGCACGGAAACGAUGGCUGACGAGCAUGCAGCAGCUCGCGACGUCGCUUCUGGUCCUUCUGAGGACGACAACAGCCCACUGCCGCCAGCUCUCUCAUCGCUCAUCGAUCCCGGUCUCUCCAAACUGUUCCGAGACGAAUCCAAGCUGCUCCGGGAGCAGGUCAAAGAAGCCGAGAAGCAGAUCGAGACGCUCAAAGCCGAGAUGGCUUCGAUCUGGUCCGACGAGCAUCGCUUCUCUUAUCGGCUGGUGGCGGCGUUUAUGCAUCGGGGCGAGGCAAGUCACGGGCACUACUUUCUCAACCUGCGCGGUGGCGGACCGGAGAGCAAGUGGUUCAAGUACAACGACUCGGCAGUCUCGGCGACGUCUCUGGACCAGGUGGUCAAGGAUCGGUCGGGUGCAACACCGUAUUUGGUGACCUACGUUAGAGAGGAUUAUGUGGGGUUGAUUGACCCGAUCUGCCGAAGCAUCGAGGCCGCUCAGCCUCAGCAGCAGGAGCAGACCAGUACGGAGGAUCAGGAGGCGAUCGCAGCGACUGCGCUGGCUGGUUGGGAAGGCGGUGUUGCUCCGGAUGCAGAGACGAAGGAGGAAGCUGCCGAGACGCCACGGCCGCAAGUGGUGACGGAUGCGUUUCAGGUCACGGCGGGAGAAACGGCGGGCGGCAAGGAAAGCCCCAUCAAGCGGGCUCGUACCGACGACUUGUAG